AUGGACGGUCGUUCGGGAAACUUUGCUUGGGGGAGCCCCGAGUGCUGGUAUGGAGAGGACAACUCAAUGCCUCCCGAUACGGUUGAUCCUUCGUCCAUUUUUGACCCAUUUCUGUUUGACAUUUCAUUAUUCGAUCAAUGCCCGACUGGAUUAUUUGAAUUGGAUACUUCAGCUGCCACUGCUCUUGCUCCUGCUCCUGCUAGUACGGAACCCAACGGGGACGCCCCACAGAGCUUAAUGCCUCCCGCUUCAACCGAGGGCGCAACAGCGAAUCAUCACCCUCCGACCGGUGGAAAUGUAGACAACACCCCAAACCAUCUUAUACCGGCACACAGAGGGAGGACUGGAGCAAGAGCCCGCAGAUCGCGUCGAAACAGCGCUUCCAAGUCUAGAUCCAGCACCCAGCGCUUCCGAUGCGAUCGAAAUGGCUGCGAUUACACUGGCACUUUUGGACGCAAAGCAGAGCUGAUGCGACACAUUGAAAGCAAGCAUGUCAACCCUGGCGCGCACAAGUGUCCGGCGCCUGGCUGUGGAAGGGUAUUCAACCGCAAGGAUAACCUGGAGGAGCAUAUGCGUGUUCAUCUGCCGAAAUGA